UAGGUUUAAAGAUAGUAAAUCGUUGCAUUCUCAAUUAGGGUUUUAGACGUUACAGUAGUUAUUCACUCCUGUAUCACAGUAGAACUUCAACAUCACUCACACUUGAGAAACCUUAAUCAAUGGCUACUACCUUACCAGAAACUGCCACAUCUCAAUCACAAACCUUAAUUCCUUCUCCAAUAGAAAUCGAUACUGAUUCAUCAAUCGGGGGAAACCUAAAAUCCGAAGAAAUCAGAUCAACGAACGGAGGAGAUUCAGUCGAUAAACUGACAGAGAAACAUCCAGGUAAUGACGAUGAAACCCAAGGGGAUAAGCGAAAGAGAGAAGGCGAGGAUGAAGAAGGAGAAACUAAGGCUCGUCAUCCUAUGUGGAAAACAAGUUUGUGUUCAUUUUACAGACGCCAAGAUAAGGAUUGUAGUCACGGUGAAAACUGUAGGUAUGCUCAUAGUGAAGAAGAAUUAAGACCACGGCCUGAUAAUUCAUGGGAUCCAACUUCUGAAAGAGCGAAAAAGAUUAUGAAAUUGGAAAAUGGUGAUAACAUAGUAGGAAAAGAUGAUGUUAGGGAAGAUGUUUUUAUGCCUGAUGCACUUGUGGAUUCUUUGGAUCCGUCUCUUGAUAAAUGCCUUUUGAAUCUUCCCAAGAAAUGGAUUUCAGAUGACUUGAAGAGCUUUAUGGAUGAACUGGGUGUUGUAUAUAAAACAGCUAGAAAAAAGACUGGAAUGGCUGUGGGUUUUGUGGGCUUUGAAACCGCUGAUCUGGUCAAGGCAGGAAUAGAGAGGAUGGAUGGAAAAGCUAUUGGAAAUAGGCAUGUUAAGGUCGCAAAUGUCGUACCACGGACAUUUGAAAAGAAAGCAAUGUUAACAGUUCCUGACAGUGACGAUCCAGAUGGCCCUCUUUCUAUAAAUGGUUCUGAAGAUGGUAAUGCUGUCCCAAGGGCCAGAACUGUCCGUGAUGCAGUGACUCCCCUAGCUCAUAUGUCUUAUAGUGAUCAGUUAGAGCAUAAAAAGAACUCACUUGCACAGACACUUAAAAGACUUACUCGGCAUGCACGUAAGGCUUGUUCAGGCGGGGUUACGCUUCCAGAGUGGAUUCUCAAGUCUAAGGAAAUAGGUGGUCUCCCAUGCAAACUUGAAGGUAUUGUUGAAUCACCUCUUGUAAAGGGAUAUCGAAACAAGUGUGAGUUCUCUGUAGGAUUGUCUGUACAAGGGAAACCCACUGUGGGAUUUAUGCUGGGGAACUUUAGGGAAGGUGUAACAGCUGUUGAGGAACCUGUAGACUGUCCAAAUGUUUCUCAAAUUUCUUGUAAACUUGCAUCCAUAUUUCAAGGCUAUCUACAACAUUCAGCUUUACCAGUCUGGAACAGAAUUGAUAAUACCGGGUUUUGGCGUCAAUUGACAGUUCGAGAAGGAAGGAACCCGGGUUCGAACUACGAUAUUGAGAACUUUGAAGCUAAUAUCUCAGAGGUCAUGGUCAUGGUUCAGGUCUGUACAACGGGCAUUGACAAGGAAGUACUAACAAAAGAAUUUCAGAGCAUGGCUCUAGCAUUUUCUGAAGGGGUUAGUGCAAGUUCUCCUCCUUUACCUUUAACGUCUUUGGUAGUCCAGGAUCACACCGGUAUAUCAAAUGUGGCACCAGCUGAUGCCCCGUUGAAACCACUAUCCAUGUUAAAGGCCAAAAGUGCUUCUGGAGAGGAGUCUGAGAGUAGUGUUGUGGAAGGAAUUCAUGAUUACAUCGGGAAUCAGCGCUUUUGCAUAUCUCCAACAGCAUUUUUUCAAGUUAAUACCCUUGCUGCGGAAAAACUCUAUUCCCUUGCUGGGGAUUGGGCUGGUUUGGGUCCAGAUACCUUGCUUUUUGAUGUUUGCUGUGGAACCGGAACUAUUGGGCUGACUUUAGCACACCGUGUUGGUAUGGUUGUUGGCAUUGAAAUGAAUGCUUCAGCGGUUUUAGAUGCUAAGAGAAAUGCAGAAAUCAAUAAUAUCAAGAAUUGUAGAUUUAUUUGUUCAAAGGCUGAGGAUGUGAUGGGAUCUCUACUGAAAGAGUAUAUAGAUGUGGCAAUUGAGAAAGAAGAACCUCUACGAGUGUCUGAAACCAAUGAUUCAGGAGAUGCUAGUGGUCAAAAAGAAAGUUCACUCGAUGGAAAAGUAGAUCUUGAGAGCAUAAGUAAUGAAACUUCUGAGGCAAAUAAUGAGUCUGGUUGUCCCCAAAUAUGUCAGGAAGAGGUCAAAGGGCGGAUCCAGACCAUUUGUUCUUCAGAAGACCAGAAUGGAAGAAAUGGUAGUUUAAUGAGGCAGUAUAAAGAUGUUGUGGCUAUUGUCGAUCCUCCAAGGGCUGGGCUUCACCCAACUGUAAUUAAAGCGUUGAGGACUCAUCCAUCUUUACGGCGAAUUGUUUACAUCUCCUGUAAUCCCGAAAGCUUAGUUGCCAACGCCAUAGAGCUCUGCACACCGUCCACCGAUAAAUCUGAGAAAGGUAAUACAAACAACAGAGGAUGGAGGAACCGUAGUGUUGCAGGUCAAGCACGGCAGAGGGCUAAGUCUAUGCCCACCUCAGAGCCUUACCAACCCAUCAAAGCUAUGGCUGUUGAUCUUUUCCCACACACCCCACACUGUGAAACAGUGAUGCUACUGGAGAGAUUUUAAAAAUAUUUGUUACUUGCACGGAGGAAAAGAACUGCAGUCUUAAGAAUUAUGGCGAUCCGUGACUAUGUUUAUGAAUCAUAAAUUAGAAAAUAUCUGUUUUCAAGACCAGUCGAACCAAACCAAACCAAACCAAACCAAACCAAACCAAACCAAACCAAACCAAACCAAACUAAACCAAACCAAACCAAACCAUCAUUCAUUUUCCUUGUUAAACUGUAUUGGGAUUGCUUUCACGCGUAACUGAAAUGGACGCUCGAGAAGCACAUAUCUGUUACUCUGCAUUUUGUCACCAGCAGCAGUCAUUCCAUAACGCCAGUCCACUGUAAGUCACGUA